AUGAGCACACAAUUAAAUAAUAUUUUAGAGAAAUAGGUCAAUAUCAAGGUUAGGGAUUUGCUUAUUAUACCUACUGCUUGGCUUUUUUACAAGGGUCUUCAGAAAGUAUAUAGAGGUUUAAAGCUCGAAAUAUCUCAUAGUAGAGUUGUAAAGGCUGCUAAGCAAUCUAGAUAAUAGAGAGAUUAAUUAGUUAAUAGCUUUAUUAUACCAAAACCAAAUUUAAGCGAUGAAUAAAUUGAUACAAUUACUAGAUCAGAUAUAUCUGAAUUAAAGAAGAUGCUUGAAAAAGGAGAAGUUACAAGUGUUGAUCUCGUUAACAUUUUUGCUGCUAGAUGUUAAAAAUAUGGUAUAAAGUAUGAAAUAAUUACUCACUUAAAGUAUAAUGAAGCUAUUGAGCAAGCAAAGGAAUGUGAUCAAUUAAGGUAAAGCUCCCCAGAAGCUUGCUAAGGAUAUCUGUUUGGUAUUCCUAUCUCGAUUAAAGAGAGCUUCCUUGAAAAAGAUUACCCCUCUACAAGCGGUUGCUCAGCUAGAGUAAAUAGAGUAGAAUAAGAAGAUGGAAUUAAUGCUAAAUAGUUAAAGGCUGCUGGAGCAAUUUUGCUCGUUAGGACAAAUGUCCCUCAACUUUUGAUGACUUUUGAAUCUAUUAACAAUAUUUAUGGAACUAGUUAAAAUCCAUGGGAUAGAACUAAAUCUCCUGGUGGCUCUUCUGGUGGUGAAGGAGCUGCUAUUUCUGGAAGAUUAUCAGUAGCUGGAUUAGGUAGUGAUAUUGCAGGUUCUGUUCGUAACCCAGCAGGAAUGUGUGGAGUUUUUGGACUAAAACCUGGCACUCAUAGAAGUAUAGAAUAAGGAGAAGCCAGAUCAUCAGAGGCUUUUGAUGGAUAAAGAACUAUUCCUGGUACAUCAGGUUUUUUAGGAAAAUCAGUUAAUGAUUUGGUUUUAAUGUUUAAAAGUAUGAUGAAUCCUGAAAUAUUAUAAUCAAGAGGUAAAAGUGAAAUCCCAAGCCACAAUCCUAUCCUUCCUAUAAGAGAUGAAGUCAUUUUUAAUUAAAAAAAGAAUAGAAAGUUUGGCUACUUCAAAACUUUGUCUGCAAUGGAUUCAGCUUCUUGCUAACAAAGAGCUGUUGAAUUAGCUGUUUAAAGUUUAAGAGAACAAGGACACGAAUGUGUAGAGAUAGAUAUUCCCUUUUCUGAAGAGCUACACUAAAUAGCUAAUUAAGUCUAUUUUGGUGAUGGUUUCGAAAUCUACAAAGAAGUAUUAGAGGGAGAAAAGGAGAUCGAUAUUUAUACACCCUUGUUUAACUUUUGCAGAUUGUCCAAAGUUAAUAGAAAACUUAAAUCGUUCUUUUACAAUUAAAUCGGCGAAUAAAGACUUAAAAGAACAGUUGAUACUCUUGAACCAAUUACUCUUGUUGAAAACAAUAAGGUUUCAUAUCAAGUAUUUUCUGUAAUUUCAAGAAUGUUGCAAAUAUUUGAUGAUAAUAAGAUUGAAGCUAUUAUUUGUCCUUCAUUUGUUUCAUGUGCUCUACCUCAUGGAUAUUCGAAGAUUUCCUUCUUAAUAUUCAUUUACACUUUUAUGUGGAAUAUAUGUAAUUUCCCAGCAGGUGUUUUACCUGUAACUACCGUCAGAGAGGAUGAAUAACACUACAAGAACAGCAGGAUUUAAGACUCAAUUUCUAAAAAUUUGCAUAACUUAAUGACUUAGAAUACCAAAGGCCUUCCUGUUAAUGUUUAGGUGGUUUCAACACCUUACAACGAAGAAGUUGUUCUUAAUGUUAUGAGUUUAAUAGAUUCUUAAAUUCAGUUUUACAAAAAUCAUAAGUUACCUGAUUUAAAUUGA